UGCGCAACGCAGGGUGCGUAUCACGAAAAAACCCAGGAGGUGAAUGACAGGACUGAUAAUGCGCUCGCUGUCGUUACAACUUUGAUUACGUGGCGCUUAUUCAGACAUCUUCCACGCAUGGCAGAUCUCCUGGAGACUGGACAAUGAAACUUGUGCAUCUACACUAUAGAUGCAUGAACAAUUUUGCCUUUUGACAGUUGCAGUGCUUAAACGAUAGAGGGGAUACAAUCAAACGCGUGUAAGAAAUAUAGUCUCCAGGGGUGGAAGGACUUUAAAAUAUAUGGUGAUAGGAUGCUAUUUAGUCACUAAAGCAUUGCUGAAAUCGCUCUAAGCUUCCAGGCGCCGAAGAGGAGGAGGAGGAUGGUUUUUGGAUUUGUGCCUCUUCAACAGAAGCAAGGAUUUUGUGGAGUCCCAUCCCAUCUGUGAGGUGUGCGAGAAGAUUCUUCCAAAAACGCAGAGGCUUAUUUAAGAAGAAAGAUCAUGGUGGCUGUCAGAGGGAAGGAUUCGGGAUCCGAGCAGCUGAAGGAAGCCAGUGAGGAGAGCUACGAAGCGGCCACGGCUGAGGGCACACUCGGGAGUCUACUCCGCUGGGGUUAAAGAGUGCAGUGUGCACUACUUCCUGCCGCAGGUAGAGCUGUCACAGUGUGGUGUGGAGCUCUAGCUGUGUCAUAGGCUUGCCGUGUCCUUGCUGCGAGAGCUGCUCUGCUGGAUAUCGCAAUCGUUCUCACACGCACACGCAGAGGAAUCUAUAUCCCGCCAUCGGCAUGGAGAAGUGCUGUUCUGAGUGUUCAGAGCCCAGGAUGGCACAGAGCUUGUGCACCUUCUGCAACAAGUGGCUGUGUUUCCAGUGCACAGACUUGCAUCAGCAUGAGAGAAGCUCCACUCAAACCUUUGACCUGCAGCACCAGCCGCGAGACCCUCCAUCACCGUCUGAAAUAGGAGCCGGUUGCUGCGGGCAUGCAGUUGUCAUGUGUCCUCUCCAUAAACAGGAGCCUCUGGAACUCCUGUGUGAAACGUGCGACCUCUUGGCCUGUAACAUCUGUCACCUGUCCGCCCACAAAGACCAUCGACUGGUGCAUGUUGGGAAGGCUCUGCAAGACCAGCGCUGGCUCCUGCAGAACCUCAUGGCCCGAGUGGAGGAGAAGAGAUCUGGUGUGGAGAGCACCGCUAAACAGAUCCAGGGCAGGCUCCAUGGUAUAAAGAUCACGCAGAGGAAGGCAGAGAACCAGAUAAAAAUGGCUAAGAUGAUUAUGAUGAACGAGCUUAACAAACGGGCCAACCUAUUAAUAGAACAACUAGAGAGUAUUUCCAGUGAUUUCAAGCAGCGUCUGGAGGACCAGCUGCAGGGGGCCAUAGAGCUGUGCAGUCAGCUGGAGCACGUGAGGAACUUCAUUACCUGGGCUACAGCCCACCACAGACGCAAUCCACUGCUAUUCAGCAAAGAGCUGAUUGCUCUUCAGAUGCAGCAGUUAUUGGAGCCACUGAUGCUCUCAGAGGCUUGGACCCCGUUGAAAAUCAAGUUUAACUGGGAUGCCAGCUUCUGGACCAAGCAGAUGUCCACUUUAGGUCAACUUGUUGUUGAAGGUGGAAGUCGUCCAUACCCAGAGGUUGUGGGUCAUCCUAGUAUCCUGCGACCCCAGACUGUCCCAUGCAUAGCAAUGCCUCCUCUGUGCCAUGGGGUGCGGGAACCUGGCUGCGCCUGCCAGACCUUCUGCCAGCCCCCGCUCUGCUGUCUUCACUGCAGACCUACUCAAUCCGUCCCUUUGGAUAAAUUCCCUUCCCAGUGUCCUCAGGCCGCCAGGCAGAGCUCCCCGCCAUCUCUUCACAGCUGCUGGGAGGCUGAUGCAUCUCUCCCGGUGCAUCCACCUGGAGCUCACCCUGGAUCUGACCCCGUCCAGCAUGGAACCAGCUCUGCUUCACCUCGACAGCCUGUUGGAGCCAACAACCACCCGUUGCCUGAGCAGCUCCUUGCUAGUUCCAACCAGGCUGCCUUGAAUGGGAGAAACCCUGCACUAGGCCAGCCUCCCUGUGAAAGAGGGCAAACAUCUGCACCCCAAGCAGCUACAGGUCAUGAAGCAUCACCAAACAAAGAGCUGCCACACGUCCGUAAUCAGGCUCAAGUGCAGAUGACCACAGAAACCAGCAACCAGCCCAUGAUUGAACUGCAGCCUAUCAUUGCUCGCAUCAAUGACGGCAGGAGAUCCUCGGUGCUGGAGAUGUUCACACGGGCUCAAGGCCGAGGAGAUGAUGGCCAGAAACGUUCCAGUUCAAAGAAGGCGACCAGGUCUCAGAGCACCUCAAAAGGACCCAGAGGACCUCGUAAAAGGCUUUGUAAAGACAGGCCAACCAGGGCUGAUCAUAGCCUGGCAACAGUGGCUGGGGACCAGGGAUGCACAACGCAGCAGCAGAUCUGUGCACGACUCGAUGCUUCUGAGAUGAUCAUAGGACAUAUAAACAGUCACACUGCAUCCUCUCUGACCACCUACAAGUCUGAACCAGAUAAUGUAUAUGCAUAUGCCUAUGAAAACAGAAGGCUGAAACCCAGAAAGAGGAAAAGACUGACUCGAAAAGAUCCAGACACCAGUGAUAAAGAAGCCCCAGAUGGUUCGAAGGUUCCAGUUGUGUGUCUUGAGCGACUCAAGAUCCUAGUGUCACGACAUCCACCACAGAACCAUCAGAGCACAGACCUUUCUUCUCAAAUAGAGCCUGGACUCAAACCUGAAGAAACUGUCUUCAGGGUGCUAGAGAGAAAGGUCACUUCUCAGGGAACUUUGGAUAAGGAGUCAGUUCAGACAGAGGACAGCAUGUCGCACAUAGAGCAGCUAUCACCAGAACAUCUGCCUAGCAGUGAAUCAUCUGGCUCACUUGACGUCUCUCAGCCUCCUGUUCAAGAAUUUUGCAACAUAAACCAAGAGUCCAGGGUACUAGCCAUCUCCAAUGAUUUAGACCCUAUCUUACAACCUGACACCGAAGAAAUAAACUCCUCAUCUGAGCUCAGAUCAGCGACAGGUUCUGAUUUCCAAACUGAAUCCACAAGAGAGGCUGAAGCAGAUGCAGAUGUGGAAUCGGAGCUCCUGCAGGAAUCAGAUCCGAGCACUGAAUCCGAACUGCAGGUCGAAUGUGAAUCGGAAUAUAUUUCAGAGCAUUCUCCUGAAUUGGUGCUCUCGGCUUCUGAACAGGAAUUUGAAUCAGAUCCAGAUUCUACGGCCGAAGUGACUCAAAAUCUUGAAGCAGAGUCUGAAUGGGAAGCAGAGCAGCCGGUUCUUCCACCUACCGCCGGCUCCGAGACUGUAUCAGAUCCUGCCGUUGAACGUCAACCUGCAGAGGAAAGCCCUGAGAUAGAGAAUGAAGACUUCUGUGCGGUCUGUCUCAUUGGAGGAGACCUUCUCUGUUGUGAUCGUUGCCCCAAAGUCUUUCACCUGUCAUGCCAUGUCCCUCCUCUCCAUAGUUUCCCCAUAGGCGACUGGAUUUGCACCCUGUGCAGGGAUGUGGAGCAGCCAGAGGUGGAAUCUAACUGUGAGAAUGACCAGAUGUCCACGGGUUCGCUGCCACCUGGGCUGUCGGCCUGUGACCAGAGGAAAUGCGAGAAGUUGACGCUGCUGAUCCUCAGCAACAUUCUCAGCGCUCCGUUCCACGAGCCUGUCAGCCCUCUGGCCCGUCAUUAUUAUCAGAUCAUCAAGAAACCCAUGGAUUUGUCCGUCAUUCGGAACAGGCUCAGCAGGACCAGCAACACACACUAUCGCUCCCCGCAAGAGUUUGUGGCUGAUGUCCUGCUCAUGUUCAAAAACUGUGCCAAGUUCAACUACCCGGACUCAGAGGUGGCUCAGGCAGGCCACAGUCUACAGUCCUUUUUCACAUCCAAACUGAGGGAGGUUUUCCCAGACCUGACCUGCCCUGUCCAGGAGGAAGAGGAGGACUCAGACAAUGAGGAUUAUGAGGAGCUGGAGAGAGCGAUGGCGACUGGAUUUCCCUGGCCCGAGAGAAAAGAGCAGAGCCACAGGAAGAGGAAGAGAAGGCACUCCCUCAACUGGAGGAGAACUCACUAUUAGUUGUGCCUCUAUAAAUAUGUACAGAGACUUUUGACCUACUCGCUCUGAGUUUUCCAUCCUGGGCGACUUGCUGUUUUUUUAAAAGAUUCCUGUUGAAAUACAGUAUAUGCUUUUUUCUGAGGACUAAACUCACACAAUAUAACCAGUUGAUGUGUUCUGCUGUUAUCUGUAGCUGUGGAUAGGUGUUGAUAUAAGCCUAUAUCUCCAGACUUCGCCUUAGUUCUUGCACUUGUAUUUAUUCCUAUGCUUAUACUUACAUUAAAUUGCACAGUCAAUGUUGGUGGCUGGCAACUGCGACUUAGUAAAUCUAUAUAAACAACAUUAAUUGGUAAUUUGCUCUAAAUUACAUUCUUCUUUUUAUCCAAAUAUCUCUUAUAAUGAGGUACUUGUUUUACUGUGAUGGUUUUAUUGACCUGUAGAGGGAGCACUUCAUAUAGCCAGAGGCGACACAUUAGUUCAUAUUGGACUUUUUCAGUGGCAGGAUGUGACUGAAACCCAUGAACCCUUUUAGAAUUGAAGAAGGAUAUUAUUAGGCGGUUGCUACACAACUGUGAUGUUUUAAAUUAACCUUUUAAAUGUUUAUUGACUAGUGAGACAUAUAUAUAAAAAUUCAGGCAGAUGGAACACUUUUUAGACCAGCAUGUUCCUCCAUGUGGUUCACAUACAGGUUUGAUAUUUGUAUGUCCUCUGAAUUUUGUAAUACUGGUCUUAAUUGCAGAAAUUGCUGUGCAGAUCAUGUUAAGUCCUCUUUUAUUAAUGCUAUUUUACUAUCUUUAGCUGGAUUGUAUUUAAUCUUGAAAUAUAUAUAUGUGUGGUGUAAAUAUGCGA